AUUUUCGUCAUUACAGAUUCCAUUGAAACUUGAACUAGGGUUCCUUGCAAUAAGAAGCCUCUCUAUUCGCACAAUCACUCCCAACGAAUCACAAGCCCUAGCGGAGCCGUAGGAAAGGGUCUAAUCUUCUCCUAGCUUUCAGAGAUGGCGAAGUCGAAGAACCACACAGCCCACAAUCAGUCGUACAAGGCUCACAAAAACGGCAUCAAGAAGCCCAGGAAGCACCGCCACACCUCAACCAAAGGGAUGGAUCCAAAGUUCCUGAGGAACCAGAGGUACGCGAGGAAACAUAACAAGAAGAGCGGUGAGUCCGCUACCGAGGAAGAAUAGACUGUAGACCUCCCAAAGAUAUGGCAUCGUUAGGGUUUUUAAUUUUGCUUCAUUUAUCUGCUUCAUGUUGGAAGGUGUAGUGAUUUGACGUUGCACUUUUACAUAUCCAUGGAACCGCAGACAUCAGCUUUUGGAUGCAUUGCACUUCCAUGUAAGGGCAGUGCCCUUGAGCUGUUUGCUCUAUUGUUUCUGUUUUUUGUUUGAAGAUUUUAAUUUCUGAAGUCUUAACCAUUACUAUUGAGCAGUUGAUUAAAAUGAAAUGUUAUUAAUCUUUUAAA